CAAAGUCUACUGGGAUAAAGAAAGUAGCCAAAGCAGAGCUGGAAGUUUGUGCUCUCAAUGAAGGACAGUUCUGUGAGAGCUUCAGUGUUGAUUAUUAGUUCAUGAGAAACGAGCAGGACCGUGGUUGUCCGCCUUGUUUUAGAUAGAGGCAUGAAGACUGGACGUAGCUCAGCUACUUGAGCAUUUAUGGCGUGCAGACAGUUUUCAAGUGUUCUGUUAAGGUGCAUGGGAAGCCGGUACGGUAGCUCACACCUUUGUUCUGAGCAUUCUGAAAGUCAAGGCUGCAAGAUUGUCACAAGUUCCAGCCAGCCUGGACUGCAGAAUGGAACCCUGUCUCGAGACAGCAGAGUGGGCAGUGACGGACCUAAAAAUCCAUGGACUAAGCUGACUCCUGGGACAGCUGAGUACGGGCACGUCAUGUUGCCCAAGGACAUAGCCAAGCUGGUCCCUAAAACCCAUUUGAUGUCUGAAUCUGAAUGGAGAAAUCUUGGUGUUCAGCAGAGUCAGGGAUGGGUCCAUUAUAUGAUCCAUGAACCAGAACCUCACAUCUUACUGUUCCGGCGGCCACUACCCAAGAAGCCAAAGAAAUGAAGCUGGCGAGCCACCCUUCAGCCACAAGCUUUCUUUACACAGCUGUCCUUGCUUCCUGCCGUCUCUGAUGGCCUGAUUAUGUUUUCUUAUUUCUCACUUUGAUAUUUAAAGGAUGUUCAAUACACUGAAGUGCUGGGACUUGCUUUACUUCUUGAGUUGAGCCACCAAUGCCACAACCCUGUCAGAUGAGUGACUUCAAAGCCCUAGAGCGCUCUGUAUCCACCAGGCCAUAUUUGCCGUCUUUCAAAAUCAUGUGAAAUCAGAUCAUGGCUGUUACAGGGACCGUGUGAAUUUGCUGUUGUGGUUUUUAUUAUUGGGCGUUGUAUUUAUGGUGACUUAUCGGCUUUUAUUUCAGUGUGUUGGAAAACUCUACAUUUUAUCUGACAAAUCUCUUCCAUGUUACGAGCUUCUAUUAAAGGAAGUUUUUAUUAUAAUUUAAA